AUGAUGCUUCCAUGCAAGCCAUUCUGCAAAACAUGCCAGCAGGCUUUAUGCUUACUUGCCAUUGUCUUGCUUUCAUCCUUCCAAGUCUUGGCUUCCACCCCAUCUGCAACUUCUUUUACUUCUGGUAGGAAUGAACCAGAAGCCCUUCUCAAAUGGAAAGCCAGCCUCUCCAAACACAACCAAUCUCUCCUACAUUCAUGGGUCGUCGCCAAUGAGACUUGCCAUUGGGAAGGAGUCACUUCCAGCAAAUCCAGAAGCAUCGUCCACUUGGAUCUCUCAAGUCACAGUUUGAGAGGUACACUUCACAGUCUCAACUUCUCAUCCUUACCUAAUCUCCUUACUCUUGAUCUAGGAAAUAAUUUGCUUUCCGGAACCAUCCCUUUUAACAUCUGCAGCCUCUCCAAACUCACCAUCCUCAUCUUGUCCAACAAUAAACUCUCUGGAAAUAUUCCUUCUGAUAUAGGUUUGCUGAAUAGUCUUAGUGUAUGUGACCUUGGUGCAAAUUUUCUAAGUGGCGUUAUUCCUCCAGAAAUAGGAAACCUCAAGAGUCUCUCUUGGUUUGCUUUGUAUGAAAAGAACCUCAAACGCAUUAUCUCUACAACUAUGGGGAGCUUGAGGAACUUGACAAAUCUUUACCUUCAUGAAAAUAAACUUUCAGGUUCCAUACCUACAGAAAUUGGGAAUCUUAGAUUACUCAAUGAGCUUGACAUGUCAAGUAACAGUCUAAAUGGGACAAUUCCUGCUUCUAUUGGGAACUUGACUAAUCUAUCCAUUAUUUACCUUUAUGAGAAUGAACUCUUUGGCUCCAUACCUCAAGAAAUAGGGAAACUAAGAAAUCUUUCUGAUCUUGGUUUGAGUAGAAACAUUCUCACAUGUUUUAUCCCUGUUUCCAUUGGAAACUUGAGUAAUUUAUUCAAUCUUUAUCUUUAUGAAAACAAUUUCACAAGUUUCAUACCAGAAGAAAUUGGAUCUCUAGAUUCACUCAAUGAGUUUGAUUUGUCAUUCAACAAUCUUACCGAAAAUAAACUCUCUGGGACAGUCCCAACUUCCAUUGGAAACACCACAAAGCUCACGGAAUUGGGGAUAUUCGAAAAUAACUUCACUGGUCAUUUACUAGAACACCUAUGCCACAAUGGAUCACUUAAGAAACUUGUCGUCCAUGAUAAUCAUUUUGAAGGUCCAAUCCUGAAAAGCUUGAAAAGCUGCACCAGUUUAGUGCGAGUCAGGUUAGAGAGAAACCAUGUUGUAGGAACUCUCUCAGAAAGUUUCGGCAUACAUCCUCACUCAACCUACAUAAAUUUGAGUGACAAUAAUCUGCAUGGCAAGGUUUUGCCGAAAUGGGGACGUUGUGGCAAUCUCACAAGCUUGCAAAUGGUGAGAAACAAUAUUUCUGGUCAAAUUCCAUUGGAGCUUAGAAAGGCAAUUAACCUUUGUUUACUUGAUCUUUCCUCAAACCGUCUUGUUGGGGAGAUUCCAAAGGAAUUGGGAAAGUUGACAUCAUUAUUCAAACUUGAGCUAAGUGGCAAUCAACUUUCAAGCUACAUACCUACAGAGAUUGGCAUUCUGUCAAACAUAGCAUUUCUCAGUCUUGGAGCCAACAGUCUAAUUGGAUCUAUUCCAAGAGAACUAGGAGAUUGCAAGAAGCUACUAUUAUUGAAUUUGAGCUUUAAUGGAUUCCUGGAAGGAGUUCUGCCUGAGAUUGGCAAAUUAGUCUACCUCAAAAGGUCUUGA